UAUACGCAGAAUCAUGAAAAGACAAAUUCCAUAUUUGUACAUGGUUACGUACAAGAUUCUAGGAUAUUCUUUUGCAUAUUUGAUUUGUGAAUUUCACAAAAAAAAUUUCAUCUCCAAUUCAAUACCGUGGAAAUACCGCGAAUCGAUAAUCCGUGGUAAGAGAUAGGAAAAACGGACGAAGCGUCACGUUCUGCGUACGUAAAUAAGUUCUUGGGUAGUUGCAAGUUACACAGCGUACGUGUACGUAUGUAUAUGUAUGUAUAGAGUUGCAUAUGUCAGCGGAUCUUGUGGCAAGUGUCACGAAAUUGUUCAGCGUUAAUGGUGUAGCGCAAAAGUUAUUCGAAACGCACGGCUGGCUAUGCCAACCUUGGAUUCGCUAGUCUAAAAGCGCGAAGCUGAAACACCAACCUUCCGAAUAGGAAUUCUAUGGGCGAUGAGCCAGCUUUUUCACGAGGAGCUCUCUCAGAGGACGAAACGAACGUUACCGGAAAGAAUUCAAUUCCAAAGGUGGCAGGGCCAAUCACGUCAUUUUCGCGACACUCGAAUAAUUUGGGAUUUUGAUCCGGUUGUAUUAUUUAUUUUUAGCAACUACUGUUGGACGUGGCUGUGCAAAUUGGUGCAAACGACAGCGAGCGGCAGCGGGUCGGAUGGCGUCGCCUCCGGACGUAUCGCAGGAAGGAAGAGGAGCGAUAAACGAUUUGGUGAAUCGGUAGUCGUCGUGCGUGCAGAGAUAGAGAGGAGCGCAGAGACUCUCUUUCAGAGAGAGAGAGAGUCGCGAUCGCGAAUAGAAACUCGUCGUUUCGACCGAAGCUCGAGUCGAGCAACGCGCGCAGACCGAUUUACUUUUUUGACAUAAUAAUACAUAAUAUCCUCCAUGUUGGGGGAUAAAAAUCGUUGUUCAGAUUAGUACGGUAUCUGGGCGCAGAGGAGAAAUAGCGAAGAGAAGACCGCUGAGCAAGCAAGGUGAAAAGGGCAUCUGCUAGUCACAACAUUUCGCGAACGUCUCGCGAUAAAUUCGUACGACUCUUCGCCGACCCGUCCCGUCGUCACGUUUUUUGAAAUCGAUUUCCAUGGAAAACUGGAGCAUCCGGAGCGGCUCUUCUUCCGACCCGUCCCGCGGAAAGAAUUUACCUUUGCCUUCGUUUUGGUUACCCUGUAAACGAUGGUAGCGCGAAUCGAUUUCGCGCAUCUCCACGUGGAAUCCGCGGUCUCGAUUCGGCACCGCUUACACCAGUUACAACUGUCACAAUGUCGGAGAACAAGAUUUGGAAAAGCAACAAACAGCAGAAAGAGAGAGAUUGGAGGGGGAGAGAGAAAAUCCUCGAGGCAAAAAAAAAAAAAAAGAAUGGGUAAAAUAACGAGGAGAGGAAGGAAAGAGGGAUGCAGAUCGAAAGGGAAAGGUGAUCGAGGGUGAAAGAAAGGAUCGGAGCAGCACUAGCCUAGUCUAGGAGAGCACAGGACAAAAGAGACGACGACGUCUGAUCGUUUUCGACGAUUCAAAGAACAUCCCAAGUUUCGGGUCAUCGCCGUCGACGGAGGAGGUUAUCGACAAUUCCGGAGAAAGGUGGGGAGAUUUUUGUACGUGAUAGUUUACGUGCAGGAACUGGGCAGUAGAGCGUCGAAAAGCAACAGAAGGCGGGUCCGUUAAAGUGAAAGAAAGAACUCGGUGUAUGAUCAAGCUAAUAAUAUAUAAUAUAAUAAUAAUAAUAAUAAUAUAAGCUAUAAUAGACCGCUGUGUCGAAGGAAAGGAGGAAAAGGUGACAGAGAGAGAGAGAGAGAGAGAGAGAGAGAGAGAGAGAGAGAGAGAGAGAGAGAGAGAAUGGAAGAGAAAAAGAGCAUAGCGCGAGCGAUUGAAAGACUGACCGGAGGAACGCAAAGACGGCGAGGACGGUGUUGGGCGUACGGAUUGGCGGCGUUGCUGAGCGUGGUGACGUUCGUGCUGUUUUGGUGCACGAACGCGUUCCGCGACGCGAUCCUCUGGAACCUGGAGCUGCGGAACGGGAGCCGGUCGUUCCUGCUGUGGCAGCGGCCGCCGGUCGGCCUGCAGAGCAACAUCUACGUCUUCAAUUACACGAACGUGCGCGAGUUCGAGAGCGGGAUCGCGAGGAAGCUGAAGGUGCAGGAGGUCGGCCCGUUCGUUUAUCGGGAGAGCCUCAGCCGGACGAACGUCCAUCUGCACGAGAAUCGAACGGUCACGUAUCAGGAGAAGAGGAGCUUCCAGUGGAUCUCCGGGUUGUCCGAGAGGCAGAAUGUGGUCGUGCCGAACGUGUUGCUCAUGUCCGCCCUCGCCUACUCCCGAGACCUCAAUUACCUGCUGCAAAUCGGAUUCACGAUGAUGGUGACCGGGCUGAAACUACGCGCCAAUCCGUUCCUCGAGUUGCCGGUCGGCGAGUACUUUUGGGGCUACGAGGACGAGCUGUUCGAGAUGGCCAAGCGAUUCCCACCGUUGAAACAAUCCCUGCCCUACGACAAGUUUGGAAUCCUAGCGUUCAGAAACGGCUUGAACGCGGAUCGCAUCACGAUGUACACGGGAACGGACGACCUGGGAUCAAUCCAGCGGAUCAACGGCCACGAGAGCUACCGGAUCUGGGGUGACGAGAAAUGCGAUCGAAUCUACGGCACCGACGGCAGCAUGUUCCCGCCGAAUUUGAUCCAACAACAGCCAAACGCCACCAUCUACGUCAACGCGAAGGAGUUUUGCAGGCAAUUGCCUUUUCGUUACGAGCGCCGCAGCUUCUCCAACGGCAUUCCUACAUUAAGGUACAAAUUACCGAGCAACGUAUUUACGUCGACUAGCAACAAAGACUCGUGUUUUUGCCCGAAGGAAUCGUACGAUUCAGUCACGAGAAUAUGCCCACCAGCCGGAACGUUCAACAUAUCCGCCUGCAAAUUCGGCACGCCGUUGAUCGUCUCCUUUCCCCACUUUUACUCCGGCGACGAGUCGUUGUUCCAGAAGAUCGAGGGAUUAACGCCCCAACAGGACCGUCACGAGAGCUACGUCGACCUCCACACGCAUUUAGGCUUCACGGUGGCCACCAGAAUGAGAUUUCAGCUGAAUCUGGAAGUGCGAAAAGCUGUCGGCAUGCCAUUCUCGGGAAAUCUCGAAGACGGCUCGAUCCUACCGUUGAUCUGGGUCGACAUGGUGUUCGACGACCUACCGGAAUCGAUUCGCCAAACGCUUUAUCUCAGUCACUAUCUGGUGAACGCCGUCGAGGCCGGGCUACAAUGGUGCAGCUUGAUCGGCGUUGUCGUCUCGUUCGGCGCUCUCCUCGCAGCCCUGAGGAACCAGGAAGAAUCGAACAACGCAACGAAACCGACGACGACCGAUCGUCGAACCGUCGAACUCGACCGGCUUUGAGAUCGUCCAUCCAUCCAUCCGUCUGCUUACUCGUCUAAUAAAAUCGAUACCACCGAUCUCUCUCUCUCUCUCUCUCUCUCUCUCUCUCUCUCUCUCUCUCUCUCUCUCUCUCUCUGUCCGUUGCGAAAAUAAACGAUCGUUCGCACUAUUGUUGUUGCUCUCACGCGAUUGCACGAUUGUCGCGCGCAAUUUGCCUCUUGCCAUCUUGUUUGCCUGACGUCGUCCCUUGUGUUACACCGUAUCGCGUCGCAUCGUGCCGCAUUUCGUAUCGUGCAGCGUCGCGUUGCACAUUUGCAAUAUCGUGUAAUAUCGUAUCGCAUCGUAUUGUAUCCUCGCAUUCAGGCAAAAUCGCACGUUAUCUAGGAAAAUGGAGGAGGGAAAACAAGGACAAGCGACGUCUCGCCACACGCUCCGACCUGCCGACAAUUAUCCAGGUCGCGUCGAACCGCAUCGUUUCGAUAAACGAUUCGUCUCUUUCUUUUUUUUUUUUUUGUCGCUUUCAUCGUCGAAUCAACCAAGCAAAAACUCGUACACGUCGUACAA